CUUCCUCCGUUAACGGUGCCCACUCCGGCGGAGGUUCGGCGGGUUUCACGGAGUUUUUGCUUUCGGAGUUGAAGUCAGCCACCAACAACUUCAGCUCCGAGAAUAUCGUCUCGGAGAGCGGCGAGAAGGCUCCCAAUGUCGUUUAUGAGGGUCGGCUGCAAAACCGUCGGUGGAUCGCCGUCAAGAAAUUUACCAAAAUGGCCUGGCCUGAUCCUAAACAGUUUGCUGAGGAAGCGAAGGAAGUGGGGAAGCUGAGGCAUAAGAGGCUGGCGAAUCUGAUUGGAUAUUGUUGUGAUGGGGAUGAGAGGCUGCUCGUAGCUGAAUUUAUGCCUAAUGAGACGCUUGCCAAGCAUUUAUUCCACUGGGAGAAUCAAACCCCUGAGUGGGCUAUGCGUUUGAGAGUUGCGUUCUAUAUAGCCGAAGCAUUGGAUUAUUGCAGCAGUGAAGGUCGCCCACUGUAUCAUGACUUGAAUGCCUAUAGGGUUCUCUUUGAUGAGAAUGGAGAUCCACGUCUUUCUUGUUUUGGAUUAAUGAAGAAUAGCCGGGAUGGUAAAAGUUAUAGCACGAAUCUUGCAUAUACACCUCCUGAGUAUCUAAGAAAUGGGAGAGUCACUCCGGAAAGUGUUGUUUUCAGCUUUGGAACUGUCCUUUUGGAUCUUCUUAGUGGAAAGCAUAUUCCUCCAACUCAUGCAUUGGAUAUGAUACGGGGCAAGAAUAUUCUUCUCUUAAUGGAUUCCCAUUUGGAGGGUAAUUUCUCAACUGAAGAGGCCACUGUAGUUUUUGAUCUUGCCUCACGAUGUUUGCAGUAUGAACCAAGGGAGCGCCCGAAGACCAAAGAUCUUGUUUCUACCCUAGCCCCCUUGCAAAAUAAGCCCAAUGUCCCAUCUUAUGUGAUGUUGGGAAUUCCAAAAUGUGAAGAAGCCCCAUCUACACCACCCCACCCUCUCUCUCCAAUGGGUGACGCCUGUUCACGUAUGGAUCUCACUGCUAUCCAUCAGUUUUUGGUGAUGCAACAUUACAAAGAUGACGAGGGAACCAAUGAGUUAUCUUUCCAAGAAUGGACUCAACAAAUGAGAGAUAUGUUGGACGCAAGGAAAAGAGGAGACUUGGCAUUCCGUGACAAAGAAUUCAAAACCGCAAUUGAUUGUUAUUCUCAGUUCAUAGAUGUGGGUACCAUGAUUUCACCAACCGUCCAUGCACGACGGAGCCUUUGCUAUCUCAUGUGCGAUCAGCCAGAUGCUGCCCUUCGAGAUGCUAUGCAAGCACAAUGCAUAUACCCCGAAUGGUCCACAGCAUUUUACAUGCAGGCUGUGGCCCUUGCCAAGCUCGACAUGCACAAAGAUGCAGCAGAUAUGUUGAAUGAGGCUGCCAUGCUAGAAGAAAAGAAGCAGCGAGGUGGAAAAGUAUCAUAACCUAUCUGUAAAUUAAUUGUGAAGAAAUCAUGGCAUGGCCAACUCUGUUGUAAUCACAUCAUGCACAGCGAAAAUACAUACAUUACUUGAGUAAAUGUUCGUGUUAAUUUUUGUGACUCAAAUAUGUUGAACGGUAACUAUCUUUUUCAAACUUGUACAAUUCGUAUGCUGAUCUAAAUAUACAACAAGAUUUGCG